AUGAUAGGCACCUUCUUGACGCCCAUACAGCCCCUAGUCUCCCCAAUUGGUGUGGCAGGGGAGCCAGCGGUCCGAGGACCUCCCAAAUGGGUACAGCGCAAAGUAGCGGCGGCCACGGAGGACCUCCCUACGGGGUACGGGUGGGGAUCGCACCCUACUGCAUGCAUGGACGGGCCACCUACCAAGGUUCUCCCUCAGAUCGGCUACGGCCCACCCGGCAGCCGGUUCGCAUAUGCCAUCUGGCGCGGAUCCCCGUUUAACUGUCCGGGCUCGCCUGCCUUGCUGGGGCCACUACCGGGGUGGAAUUCGCAGCACAGAGCUGCCUCGGAGUUUGGGUGA